GGGAGGGAGGAAGAGAAAGGAGAGAAAGGAGAGAGAGAGAGACAAGGAGAAAGAGAGAGAGGGAGUCUGGCAGGAUUGGGGAGUAGCUGUUGCCAUGACAAGCAUUUUCUUAAGAAAGCUCCGCUGUUAAUACAGUCGGGAGCAGGAAGCUCGUACUCCCUUGCAAAGCCAGGACCGGAGCCUAAAACCCACUCCCCCUCCUAGAGACCCCCCGAACCUUUUUUUUUUUAAAAAAAAAUCCGAAAACACCAAAGGGAACAACUUGGAGGACCAGGAACGGGAAUCAUCGCGGACCUCUCCUAGACCCCAAUUCGGGAAGAAAAGACAAAAAAGAGCCAGAAAUAGCUUCCUCCGGUAUUUUAUUUUUCUUUGGGGGAUUCUUUGGUCCUCUUCAUGGACGCCCGGAGGGCGUUCCCGCACUGGAGAAACCUGGAUUCUUACUAGGGCGAGAGUUCCAGCUGCCACCAGUAUCCAGGGAACCCUCCUCCUCCUCCUCUUCCUCCUGCCGCCUCUCUGCCACACACGCUGGUCGUUGCUAAGGUUGCUUCCACGGUAACAUGCACAUCCUGUUUACACCUCGAUCCAGGGAAGUCGGCCUGGGCUAGGGACAUCGGGCUCCACUUGGGGACGCCAAUUCCCGCGACACCUCGCCUCAAUUCCUCUUCCUCUUCCUCCCCCAUCGCCUCUGGAAAGCUGGGGGCAACAGCUGCCGCAGCCGAGAGAGGAUCUUAGAGGAAGAGAAGGAAUCUCCAGAUUGGGGGGGACACCCCCGGCCCCGGAGCUGGGGGUCGAGGCGGCCGGAGGCCCGGGCUCGACUGGCUGAAGGAGGAGACGACCCGUGAUCUGGGCCCAGCAGGCAACAUGGCCAACAACACCACUGACCAUGGUCCGGCCAACUCGGUGGCCGAGGGCGGUCACGAUGGAGAUUUCGGCUGCACGCUGCUGGACCUCCGGACCCUCAUGGAGCUGCGCAGCGGAGAGGCCGUGGCCCGGAUCGGCGAAGUCUACGGUAGCGUGCACAACAUCUGCAAGAGACUCAGGACCUCCCCCGUGGAAGGUCUUUCUGGGAACCCCUCGGACCUGGAGAAACGCAGACAGGUGUUUGGCCAGAACUUCAUCCCUCCGAAAAAGUCAAAGACGUUCCUGCAGUUAGUGUGGGAGGCCCUGCAGGAUGUCACGCUCAUCAUCCUGGAGAUUGCAGCUAUCAUCUCGCUGGGCCUGUCCUUCUACCACCCCCCCGGGGGGGACAAUGAGCUGUGUGGCCAGACGUCGUCCGGGGUGGAGGACGAGGGGGAGUCCCAGGCUGGCUGGAUCGAGGGGGCGGCCAUCCUGUUCUCGGUGAUCAUCGUGGUGCUGGUGACGGCCUUCAACGACUGGAGCAAGGAGAAGCAGUUCCGGGGGCUGCAGAGCCGCAUCGAGCAGGAGCAGAAGUUCACCGUCAUCCGCAAGGGCCAGGUCAUCCAGCUGCCGGUGGCCGAGAUCGUGGUGGGCGACAUUGCCCAGAUCAAAUACGGUGACCUGCUGCCGACAGAUGGAAUCCUGAUCCAGGGCAACGACUUGAAAAUCGACGAGAGCUCCCUGACUGGAGAGUCGGACCAGGUCAAGAAAUCCUUAGAAAAGGAUCCCAUGUUGCUGUCAGGCACCCACGUCAUGGAAGGGUCCGGUCGGAUGCUGGUGACCGCCGUGGGCAUCAACUCCCAAACUGGAAUCAUCUUCACCUUGCUGGGAGCUGGCGAGGGGGACGAGGAGAAGAAAGUGAAGAAAGGUAAAAAACAAGGAGCCCCCGAAAAUCGCAACAAAGCCAAAACCCAGGAUGGCGUGGCCCUGGAGAUACAGCCGCUGAAGAGCCAAGAAGGGGUAGAGAAUGAGGAGAAGAAAAAGACCAAAGUUCCCAAGAAGGAGAAGUCCGUGCUGCAGGGCAAGCUGACGCGCUUGGCAGUUCAGAUUGGGAAAGCAGGUCUGAUCAUGUCGGCGGUCACGGUGAUCAUCUUGGUGCUGUACUUUGUGAUCUACACUUUCGGGGUGCAGGGCCGGCCUUGGCUGGCAGAGUGUACCCCCAUCUACAUCCAGUACUUCGUCAAAUUCUUCAUCAUCGGCGUCACCGUGCUGGUGGUGGCCGUGCCUGAGGGCCUGCCGCUGGCCGUCACCAUUUCACUGGCCUACUCGGUCAAGAAAAUGAUGAAGGACAACAACCUGGUGAGACACCUGGACGCCUGCGAGACGAUGGGCAACGCCACGGCCAUCUGCUCGGACAAGACCGGGACGCUGACCAUGAACCGCAUGACGGUGGUGCAGGUUUACCUGGGAGACGCCCAUCACCGGCAGAUCCCGGACCCCGAGAGCAUCCCCUCCAAGAUCCUGGACCUCGUCGUCAAUGGCAUCGCCAUCAACUCGGCCUACACUUCCAAGAUCCUGCCCCCGGAGAAGGAGGGGGGACUGCCCAGGCAGGUGGGCAACAAGACGGAGUGCGCCCUGCUGGGCUUCGUCUUGGACCUGAAGCAGGACUACCAGGCCGUCCGCAGCGAGGUGGCGGAGGAGAAGCUCUACAAGGUGUACACCUUCAACUCCGUGCGCAAGUCCAUGAGCACCGUCAUCCAGACCCCGGAAGGCGGCUUCCGCAUGUACAGCAAAGGGGCCUCGGAGAUCCUCCUGCGCAAGUGCACCCGGAUCCUGGACAAGAAAGGAGAACCCCGGAUCUUCAAGAGCAAGGACCGGGACGAGAUGGUGCGCAAGGUGAUCGAACCCAUGGCCUGCGACGGGCUGCGCACCAUCGGCAUCGCCUACCGGGACUUUGCCCCGGGGUCCGAGCCCGACUGGGACAGCGAGAACGAGAUCCUCUCCGACCUCACCUGCAUCGCCGUGGUGGGCAUCGAGGACCCCGUGCGCCCUGAGGUGCCCGACGCCAUCACCAAGUGCCAGCGUGCGGGGAUCACCGUCCGCAUGGUAACCGGCGAUAACAUCAACACGGCCCGGGCCAUCGCCACCAAGUGUGGUAUCCUGCUGCCCGGGGAGGAUUUCCUGUGCCUGGAAGGAAAAGAGUUCAACCGCCUCAUCCGCAACGAGAAGGGCGAGGUGGAGCAGGAGCAGCUGGACAAGAUCUGGCCUAAGCUGAGGGUAUUGGCCCGUUCCUCCCCGACUGACAAGCACACGCUGGUGAAAGGCAUCAUCGACAGCACCGUGGGGGAGCAGCGGCAGGUGGUGGCCGUCACCGGCGACGGUACCAACGACGGGCCGGCUCUGAAGAAAGCUGACGUCGGCUUUGCCAUGGGCAUCGCAGGCACAGAUGUGGCAAAGGAGGCGUCGGACAUCAUCCUGACGGACGACAACUUCACCAGUAUCGUCAAGGCAGUGAUGUGGGGCCGCAACGUGUACGACAGCAUCUCCAAGUUCCUGCAGUUCCAGUUGACGGUCAACGUGGUGGCCGUGAUCGUGGCCUUCACCGGCGCCUGCAUCACCCAGGACUCCCCGCUGAAGGCUGUCCAGAUGUUGUGGGUGAACCUGAUCAUGGACACUUUUGCCUCCUUGGCCCUGGCCACCGAACCCCCCUCGGAGUCACUGCUGAUGCGCCGGCCCUACGGCCGCAACAAACCACUCAUCUCACGCACCAUGAUGAAGAACAUUCUGGGCCAUGCCGUCUACCAGCUCACCAUCAUCUUCACUCUGCUCUUUGCCGGUGAGAAGUUCUUUGACAUCGACAGUGGAAGGAACUCUCCCUUGCACUCACCCCCGUCUGAACACUACACCAUCGUCUUCAACACUUUCGUGCUGAUGCAGCUCUUUAAUGAGAUCAACGCCCGCAAGAUCCACGGCGAGAGAAACGUCUUCGAGGCCAUCUUCCGUAACCCCAUCUUCUGCACGGUGGUCCUGGGCACCUUCAUCUCCCAGAUCAUCAUUGUUGAGUUUGGGGGUAAACCGUUCAGCUGUUCAGGCCUCACCCUGAGCCAGUGGUUCUGGUGUAUCUUCAUCGGAGUCGGAGAACUGCUCUGGGGACAGCUGAUCUCCUCCGUGCCCACCAGCCGCCUGAAGUUCCUGAAGGAGGCCGGGCACGGCAUCACCAAGGAGGACAUGGCGGAGGGAGAUCUGGCAGAGGGGAUGGAAGAGAUCGACCACGCGGAGAUGGAGCUACGGCGUGGCCAGAUCCUCUGGUUCCGGGGCCUCAACCGCAUCCAGACUCAGAUGGAUGUAGUUUACACGUUCCAGACGGGAACCUCCUCUUUGCAGGGAGCCCUCAGGAGACAGCCUUCCAUCAUGAGCCACCACCACGAUGUAAAACAUGUUUCUAGCCCAACUCAUAUCAAGGUGAUCAAUGCGUUCCGUAGCUCCCUCUAUGAAGGUCUCCAGAAGCCAGAGUCCAGAAGCUCAAUCCAUAACUUCAUGACCCACCCCGAGUUCACCAUGGAGGAAGAUGAGCCCCGAACCCCACUCUUGGAUGAAAACGAGGACGACGAUGACGAAGAGGAAGAUGGAGAACAACUCGGAAAGGAUGGACUUGAAAAACCCGGCUGGGGGGGCAGCCCUCCCGCCUCGCCUACCCCUAACCAAAACAACAACGCUGUGGACUGCAAUCAAGUCCACAUUAUCCCCUCCCAUUCGGAGAGCCCGUUGCACAGCCUGGAAACGUCCGUCUGACCUAGUGGACUGACUCUUCUCCCACCUCCACCAUUUCCUCUCUGCUCCUGUGAUAAUCUGCGGUAAUGGGACAUCUCACCAUCAUGUCAAUGGUGUGUGUGUGUGUGUGUGUGUGUGUGGUUUGCGUUGGGCCCACCUGAUAGUAGAGAGACAUGGAAGAUGUGCAAAUCCUGAAUUUGCUUUGAACCUCUUUCACCCGAGGACUUAGCCGUCCCAAACCAAACAAGAGACCAUCAUGGCUGGGUUCCCCAAAUUUGGGUUGUUGCCUCUUAAAAAGCAAGUUUUGUUUUAUUCUGGUUCUUUUUCCCUCUCUCCGCGCCCCCCCCCCCCCCGCAGUCGACCUCCCAUAUUCACAUACCUGUGGGUCAGCACCUCUAUUUAGCCCAUGAGUCGGGUUAGUUGGAAAACGAAGAAUCGAGAGAGUAGAAAGAAGGUACCACAAGCUGAGCUAGCGGAGGAGGGGCGAAUGGGUGAGGGGAUAGCCCCAUGCCCAGUGAUGGAUUUAAACAAAUCUUCCAUUUUGGAAACUGGUACCUAACGUCCUGGUUCUCUCUUAGUCCUCCUCACUCACUCUCCGACUGUUUCAGCCUCCGCCGUUGAAUUGCCGUCAUUACGAGAGGGGGUAGAUGAGCCAACCAGUCUAUUCAGUCUCAAUCUGGUGGUGACGAGGGCUUCCUCUUGCCCCACUUCUGAGGCCUAGGGUCAAACUUUCUGGAGCUCUUAGUUCCCUCCCUGAAAGGAUAUUCUCUCCAGUUCCUCUUAGGUGGCGCUGUUGGCCAAGUUUGUGUUAAAAAAAAAAAAAAGCGUGUGUGUGUGUGUGUGUGUGUUUGUGUGUUUGUGUGUGUGUGUGUGCCCGUCUUGCCCCCACUAUCUUGUUCCCCCUUUGCCCUCACUCCCAACACCAAUUGCCACAUGAUCAGGUGUCGGAGGGUGUGAUUCGUGUGUGGGCUUUGGGGGUUUUUUGUUCGUUGGUUUUCAAUCCAGAGAAAAACUCUGGUCAGUGAGUGCAGCAAGUCCAGAGGCCCCGUUGGUCACCCGCUCUCCCAAGCGGCGAUGUUGGUGGCCCUCCCCAGUGGAAUCAGAGUGGCCGCUAAGGCAGUGGGACCGCACCUUCGGCGAUGGAGCCUGCUGGCCCUGUGAGGUCUCCGGGGCUCACGGGAUCAAGCGUGUGUAUUUCUGGCCACCCGCCCCAAGCGCUUGCAGGACGCCCGUGUUUGUUCUGGGGAGGGACUGUUGAGCGUGUCAGUGUCCUCAAGGAGGUGAACUGGUCGAACCGGAGCCGGGAGGCCUUUAAGGCACAGGGGAAGAAAGGCAGGAGCUCCUUUUACCGAUGAUGCGGGGCCGGUACCAGUCAUCCCCCUUAGGCGCCGGGCCGGCGGCCCCGGUGCCGCCCGCCGCCGUGGCAUCCGAGAACUAACCUUAGCCCAUCCUGAAUCUUGAUUAAAGAACUGCCUACCUGACACCAGAGACUCCAUUUGUGUUUUGCUGAUUAAGUGGGGGAAUGGGGACCUCCCUCUGCUCUGCUCUCCCCUCCCACUCCCCAGCCAGUGCUGAGUUGUGGCUGAUGCAGAGCUAAGACCCGUGCCUUUUGGUUUCCCGAACACUGCCCGAAGUUUCCCCCACCCACCUGCCACUCGGGAGUCGGGGACUUUUGCUGAGAUGGUGUCUCCCUCCCCACUUUUUUUUUUUUUCAAGUGCUCCUUAGCGUGACAAAGUGGAGACAUUUUGUGGGAACUCCAUUCUUGUCCCUUCCGACACCGGACCGGACGCUCUUCCGUGUGGGAUCAAUUGUUCUUCCCGUCCUACUGGCAUAGGAAGGAAAAACAGGUGCCUGAGGCGCUUGUGAACUGCCAAUAACCAAGAAUCUAAAUGACCAACUGUUUCUCUUUUCGUCAGGAGGAAACCUGUUCUCCCCCAUCUCCUCCAGUGCCCUCCCCACCACCAACCCAGACUCUCCUCCGUUCGUCUCAUUCUUCAUCUGAGUUUAGUAAAAUGGCGUGAUCAGAAAACUAGCUUCCCCUCCCUAAGGCUACACAAUUGAGCAGAAAAGGAGAGAGAAAAGGAAUCUUUCACAUUUGGUUCCGUUCUUCAGGCUCCACCCAUCAUCGAUCACUUUUCUCUUUUAAAUACUCUCGAGGAAAAAAAUCAGCUCACAUAUGGUAUUCCUAGGAGCUACGUAAAUAUUUAUUAAGUACACUGGGAGAUGGUCUUUUUUUUCUGUCAAAUCGUGCUUACCUCAGAUGUGUAAGAACUUGGGAGAUGACUUAACCUGCCCGGCCCUGAAGCCUCUUUGUGACUAGCGGGUUACAGUGAGGGACUGGUGAACUUCUACGUCAAAGUUUUUUUUGUGUGCAUUCUAGUUUCCAUCUAAGGAGAGGAAAAAAGAUAUAUAAAUAUUAUGCAAAAAAUAUAGUUUUCUUUAGAUCAGAAACUGAUAUUUUUAAGUCAGUCAUAUGUAUUUUGUUUAAAAGAUUUUAAGAUGCUGCCAGGUGACCGGGCGAUAGCAGGUCGUUUGACUAGCUUUUUGAUGUGACCGGCAACUUAGUAUAUCAGCAAUUGGUUUCGAUGCCAAUACACUGUACUUCCUUUCUCCAAACAGCCAUCUUUGUACUCUAAACAAAAAACAAACAAAAAGUGAGUUGAUUCUAGAGAUGUUUUUUAUAUAAAUUAUGUUGAUAUGGCUGGUUGAGUAUGUUUAAGUGUUUAUGUGCAUACAUUUUUUAUGUAAAAUAUUUUUUCUGCUUCGUUUCAAUGAUCAACUGGCAACAGGAAAAUAUGGCUUAAGUUAUUGAGGAAAGUUUUCCAAAAAAACUAUGGUGCUUUAGAUUCCAAAGGUUUGUGUGGGAGAGAGAAUACCAACGUCUUGGAUUCCUCUAGAGAAGAUGCCUUCGGAAAUCGAGACGGAAGGAAAGGAAACUGAACGCGCGAAGACCGGGCCAGAAGGGAAAUGAAGCAAGGCCUUGUGGAGUGCUCAUGUGGAAAUGCCAUGUUCUUGCAUCUGGUUCUAAAGAACAGGGGCCUUUUGUCGGAUUAUUGUUUUCUUUCUUUAAGAGCCACUGGAACCAAAGACAUUACAUCUCUUCUAGAGCGCAAGGACAAUCUCCCUUAGGGUUUGCAGCUUAUGGCUCUUAUCGCACUUCCUGUGUGCCCCGGGAGGACCCGGAAGGACUUACAAGUAUAUGCCUAGAGGGAUUUAUUUUUUUUGUCCACACAAGGAUUUGAAUUUUCUUUCCCCCACGGCUCUGGGCGAUACUUUGGAGGGGGAAUAAAUAUCUUCAAAAGGGAAAAACAAAGACUGGGUCUAGUCAUGGGCGGUCGUUUUGGGGGCAGUCUGGCGCCACCUCCUAUCACUCCCCUCACCCCCCCACUCUCCAACCCCCAGCUCACUGGCUGAGGGUAGAGGCAUCCUGGAGAUCAGUGUGGCUAUAUCUGCCUACGUCUAUCUAUGGGACACCCACUCCUCCUUGGGGGAUGAAGUGGUGUUAGGUGGAGCUUUGACCUUGGCUUUUUUUCUUCCCCUGGAGGUCGCGAGAGUGUGGGUGGUUAGCAACCACUUUUUGGAAUAAUCUUGGCAAGAAGGGCAUGGGGACCACUCUCAUUGGCCACAAACUGUGCUUUUUUGCUUCCCCUCUCCCCUUUCAUUGGUCCAAACCCAAACGCUUGCUCUCCUCUUCUCACCACAACAGAGGAGACGGGGCACAAUCUCCUGCCCUUUUAGCCCAUGAGAGUCAAAGCUUUUUCCAAUGAACCAGACCAAAUGCAUCUCUGCCGUUCCCAUUCCCUCCUAGGAUUUUCCUGCUCCUCUAGUGUUGCCCGUCCCUUCUGGCCUAAGUAGUCCAAGCUCUCCAGUGGAAGGUAAACAUGGUCGUGAGCCUUUGCUAGCCCGCCUGUGACUAAAUCGUCCUUUCUGUUUUUCCUCACAUAUAUAUAUAUAGCCAUAUAUGGAUGGAUAUGCCAUAUAUAUAUGUGUGUGUGUGCGUGUGUGUGUGUGCGUGUGUGUGCCAACAAAAUCUCAUAGGUCUUUCUUUUGAAAACGCACGCAGAUAGGAAUUUUCAGUUUCCUUUUUCAGUAACUAUUAUAACAAGCACUGGUAUUUUUGUAUAAAAAGGAAAAAAAAAUAAACAAAAGAUUGAAUAUUGUGGUAUGCAUGAUAUAAAAGCAAAUGGUGAUUUCGAAGCAAUAUGUACCCUGGUGUGUGUUGCCAUAUUCUGCAGUCUGGCUUGAGUGCACCCAAUCUGUAUUUGCAUUUUGAUAUUAUUUAAUCUCUAUGUACAAUGUUUUGCAUGUAUUUAUAUGGUUCUUGGAAAAAUCAAAUUGGAAUGAGCUGUCGACUCCUGGAAAGUCUGAAACUCCAAUGUCUCUCUCCACUGCGAUCAGAAGAGGAGACUAAGAGGAGGAAAGAAUUUGAGAUACUUUUUUUUUUUGGAACCAAUAAAGCUUUUAGCUGUUGAGCAGAAAAUGAUGCACUUGUGCACUGAGAAUAAAAACCAUGCCCACCUGUAA